AUGAUCUUCAAGAACCUGAGGGAGUACCUGGCCUGGCUGUACUACCAGUACCUGCUCAUCACCGGCAUCUAUGUCCUGGAGCCGUGGGAAAAGUCCAUUUUCAACUCCAUCCUCUUCUCCGUCAUCGCCAUGGUCAUCUACACCUCGUACGUCUUUGUGCCCAUCCACAUGCACCUGGCACUGGAGUUCUUCUCCGGGGUCUUCGGUGGCCAGACCAAGAGCACCAUGACGCUCAUGAACUGAAAGAGGGAGAGGAAUAUGGCGGGAGGAGAAAAGAGGCAGCGACUGGGUGGAUUAGCACGAGACCCCGAAUCUUUUUCCUGUAACUGGGCAACUUGAGCCCCUCCUCACAUCUCCACCUUCAUCCAGAAACAGCAGCGCUCCGUCACCUCAGCUCAUCGAAUCUGAAAAUAUACGAAGAUCUUUUGGGAAUUAUCUGGAAAGCAGAGCCUUACCAUCUUCUUUACA